UGCUUCAUAGUGGUUCGGUCCCCUGCCUAUAGUCCCCAAACCCCCACACACAUUGGCCCUGGGAAAGAGUGUCUUUUGUGUGGAGCCGUCUUUGGAAGUGUGUCAGUCCUGCCCCACCUCCAGCCAGUUAUGCCUUCUGUUUCUGGUACUUACUCGGAAGAUGGAACUGCUCUCUGCCCGCAUGUAGCUUACCUGAUGCAUCCAGAUGUUACUCAAAAUCAAAAAUCUGCUAGUAUGGAUGGAGAUGCUGAAACUGCCACUAGUGGUCACAGGCCACCUGCAAAUGGAGACAAUGACGGUCUCCAAAAUGAGGGCCAAUCACACAAUGAGAGUGGAAAAAAUGGUGAGAGUGGGCUGAAAAACAUAGAAGGCACUGUAGAUCAAAUGCAAUGGAUCCGCCCUGAUUUGCCCAGCAGAUGUACCUGGAAACUUGGUGCUUCAAUUUCAGAGUCACCUCACAGCCACCCAGAACGCACCAAACCACCCACCAUUCUUCCCAACAUCCUUGGACACAUUGGACACACACCUUUGGUCCACUUGAACAAAAUCCCAAAGGAGUUUGGGAUAAAGUGUGAAAUUUUGGCCAAAUGUGAGUUCUUCAAUGCGGGAGGCAGCAUUAAAGACAGGAUCGCCCUGCGGAUGGUGGAGGAUGCUGAGAGAGCUGGGGUCCUCAAGCCUGGAGACACAAUCAUUGAACCCACCUCUGGAAACACAGGUAUUGGCCUUGCUCUCAUAGCUGCUGUAAAAGGCUACCGGUGCAUUAUUGCUAUGCCUGAGAAGAUGAGCAUGGAGAAGGUGGAUGUGCUGAGAGCUCUUGGGGCAGAAAUUGUGCGCACACCUACAUCUGCUGCUUUUGACUCACCAGACUCUCACAUACGAACAGCCUGGCUUCUAAAAAAUAAGAUUCCCAAUUCACACAUCCUCGACCAGUACCGGAAUGCCAGCAACCCACUGGCUCACUACGAUACCACAGCUGAGGAGAUACUGGAGCAGUGCGAUGGUAAAUUGGACAUGUUGGUGGCUGGAGCAGGCACAGGUGGUACGCUCACAGGUGUUGCACGAAAGCUGAAGGAAAAGUGCCCCAAUAUCAAGAUAGUUGCCGUGGACCCUGAAGGUUCUGUUCUGGUAGAGUCAGAAGAACAGAAUGAAAAAGCUCAUUUUGAGGUGGAGGGUAUUGGAUAUGACUUUGUCCCCACAGUGCUGGACAGAUCUCUUGUGGACAUGUGGUACAAAUCAACUGACACAGAAACAUUCACCAUGUCACGUAAACUGAUCAGAGAGGAAGGCCUUCUGUGUGGUGGCAGCUCAGGUUCAGCGAUGGCAGCAGCAGUGAAAAUGGCCCAGCAGCUGGAAGAGGGACAGCGCUGUGUGGUCAUCCUGGCUGACUCCGUCCGCAACUACAUGUCAAAGUUCCUCAGUGAUCAAUGGAUGUGUGAGAAAGGUUUCCUCAACCUGAAGCCUCCGAUUGACCCCCAACCCUGGUGGUGGAACAUAACUGUCCAGAGUUUACAGCUGUCUGCCCCCCUUAUUCUUGCACCAUCCCUGUCCUGCCAGAAAACCAUUGAGAUCCUGAGAGAAAAAGUGUUUGAUCAGGCCCCAGUCAUCAAUGAGUCAGGUGCAAUCAUGGGAAUGGUAACCCUGGGAACUAUUCUUUCCUCCGUGCUGGAUGGGAAGGUCAAACUUUCAGAUGCUGUGAGCUUGGUGCUCUGCAAGGACUUCAAACAGGUGCACCUGACAGACAACUUGGGGAAGUUGUCUUGGAUCCUCAAAACACACAACUUUGCCCUGGUUGUGCAUGAUCAAACCCAGUAUGAGGCUGAUGGGUCAUCUCACCAGAGACACGUGGUAUUUGGCAUUGUGACGGCAAGUGACCUCCUCAACUACAUCAUCACACACGAGGGGCAGAAUCGCUCACCGUCCAAAUGCCUGUUGUCAAACAGCCCAUCUGUGGGACCGGAUCCAGUUUAAAAUGUGGAGAAUGCCUCCUACUCACCAAGAAGUUAAAAAUCUGUGAUUUUUUUUUAUUCUUUUCAACCAGUUCAAGGAAGACAACAAAACAAAACAUCAACAAAACAAAUUAAUUUAUUGUUUUGUUACAAUAGACACAGGUAUUAUGUUUUCCUGGAGUACCGUCCAGCUGCUGUUUAUUAAGCUUUUAAUCAAGACUUCAAUUUAGUAUUAGAGAUAGAAAAAAAUAUUUGAAAGAGACAGAGAAAAAGGGGGUAGGAUAUGCAUCAAAUGGUCUUUGCCAAGAACUGAACCCAGGCCAGCUGCAAAAAGGACAUUUAGUCUCAUCACAAGGGAUGACUAUUCAACUAGUUGGGAAAUCUAGUGGCCUAUUAUUUAGCCGUUUAAAAAGAUUCAGAUAUAUGUCUGUGCCUUUUAGCCUAAAAGCUACACCUUUAGCAAGGGACUGAUAUAUGAAGCAUACUGAGGGAAGAUAAAAUACACAGUUGGUUUGGAUUUUUAAUUGGGCUUGUUGAUAAGAACACUGUGGAAGGAUGUUAUUCUUUAAUAUGCCAAGUAUGAUUAUAUAGUUUAGUCAUGAUUGAUGAUAGACAGAUAUGUAACAGUUAUUGACCUAGUAGUUCUAAACACUUCAUUAAAUGAGUGAAAAAUCUCUAAAACAAGCUUGUUAGCUGUGUCUGAACUUUGGCAUCAGAUGUAGAUAAACUUUCUGGAACUUUCUCAGGCAUCUGGUGACUUAAACGUUUCCCUGGUUUGAAUAAUUACUGUUUAUGUCUGAUUAUAUUUGAU